AUGAAUGAAUAUGAAAAGUCAAUAGCAGUCCAUCAAUACAGCAUUAGAGAAGGAACAAUGUCAGUGGACUGUUCAACACUGUCCAGUUUGAAAGAAUCUCCAUUGCACACAAAAAUAAGCCGAUAUCUGUUUUACUUCAUCUGGAUGUUAGUCGACACAUUGUUUUUUGUUCUGGGGACUGUGUGCAUGAUUUUAGUCGUGAGCAAUUCGGAGACAAUUACUGAUUAUUUUGCCGGUCAUCAUAACACGCCGACUAUUUUAAUAAGGAAACACAGGUUACCUGAUUGUCUUUUCUCUGUGUAUGAGCAUCUGCGCAAUACUAUUCAUUUUCAUGACAAUAAAUUUAAUGAGAUUAUGCGUCUCAUAUAA